AUGCCCGCCAAUCCUCCACCACCCCAACAACAACAUCAUCCCCAACAUACCACCCUCCUCACCCAAAUUCAACAAUCCAAAGAAAAAAGAAGCAUCCUUCUCUUCGGCUGCCAAUCCCCCACCUUCACACCGACCCAAUUUCACCUCCUCAGAGAAACCAUCCACUCCCACCCAGAGAAUCACUGGGUGUUGGACGCUUUCGCCUCACUUCCAGAUUAUUUCCAACACUUUAACACCUACAUCCCUUGUCUCCGACAACGUCUCCCAGACGCAGAGUCCCAGCUUCGCGAACUCCGUCGCUGGGUCCUAGGUCCCAAUGUACAAGUCAAAGAGGAGUGGUUCCCCCUGCCGUAUGUGUUGCAUGCGCCGUUGUUUAUGGUGGGGCAUUUGGUGCAGUUUGGGGAGUUUUUGAGACUUCGGGAUUGGGGGAAAGUGGAUGGGGAUGGGGAUGCGGUGGAGUUCGUGGGCUUUUGUAUUGGCUUUUUGAGCGCUGCUGUGGCGGCUGCCACUGUGGCUGAAGGGAAAGGGCUAGAUGGGUUGAAGGUUUGGGGGGCGGUUGGGGUGAGGUUGGCGAUGUUGCUCGGGGUUAUGGGGGAUGCGAUGGAGGCGGAGAGGAGGUUUACGUCUGUUACUGUUGGGUGUGGAAAGGAUGAGGGUGAGUUGGAGGGGGUGCUGGCGGAGUUUCCUGAGGCGUACGUCACCGUUCGAUAUGACGAAAAUCGUAGCACGAUUAUGACUCCGAGGAGUAGUCUCUCUUCCCUACUACACGCCUUGCACGACGCUGGGCUUUCGGCUGCCCAUAUCAACUUUAACGGCCGAUACCACUGGUCCGGACACCGGAAUACCCUCGAUGCGCUCUAUGCUCUCUGCGAUGCACACCCUACGCUGCAGCUCCCUGAUGCAUCCCAGAUGAAGCAUCAAACAUGGCCGAACAUUACCGGCGAGCCUAUACAGUUUGGGCCCCUCCAUCGCCUCGUUCUACAAUCCGUCCUUUCCCAGCAGUGCAUGUGGUACCAGACAUUCUCAUCAAUAUACCACACCCAUUUACAAAGCACCAACGCGAUCGUAAUAGAAUUCGGCCACGAGCGCUGCAUCCCCCCUUCUUUCCACCGCAAUCUACGCGACCGUAUCAUCCACUUCGACGACCUCCAGCUCGAUAUCUACCCUCGCAUCAUCUCACCAUUGCACCCACCUCGCAUUUACGAUGACGAUAUCGCAGUAGUCGGAAUGGCAGUUCGUGUCGCGGGCGCAGACGACCUCGACGAGUUCUGGCAGCUGCUCUGCGCAGGCAAGUCCCAGCACAGGGAAGUCCCACCGGAGCGAUACAAAGACUACGAGACACCGUGGCGGCCAGAUGCCACUACCAGGCCCUGGUUGGGGAAUUUCGUCUCCGAUAUCGAAGCCUUCGAUCACAAAUUCUUCAAGAAGGUACCCCGAGAGGUGAUGGCGCAGGAUCCGCAGCAGAGGCUGCUUCUUCAGGUGGCGUAUCAGGCGCUGGAACAAGCGGGAUACUUUUCUCACAACAAGAACAGCACCAAAGAAAUCGGAUGCUAUGUAUCUUGUUGUACCGUCGACUACGAACACAACGUCAACUGUCACCCAGCCAGCGCCUACGCUGCCACAGGCCUGCUUCGGAGCUUUAUCGCCGGCAAACUAAGUCACUACUUCGGCUGGCGCGGACCAGCUCUAUGUAUCGAUACAGCGUGCUCCGGGUCCACUGUCGCAUUACACCAUGCGUGUCGAGCCAUCCUCAACGGCGACUGCAAAGCAGCCUUAGUCGGCGGAGCGAACUGCAUCACUAGUCCGCUGGGAUUUGACAACCUGAACGGUGCGUCGUUCCUCUCCCCUACAGGGCCAUGCAAACCAUUCGACACCAAGGCGGACGGGUACUGCCGCGGCGAAGGGGUCGCAGCGAUCUUCAUCAAGAAGAUGUCCGAUGCAGUUAAGGAUGGGGAUCAUAUUCUGGGAACGAUUGCUGGUACAGCCGUCGAGCAGAAUGAUAAUUGUACUCCUGUUGUGGUGCCGCAUGCGGGAUCGUUGGCAGGUUUGUUUAGGAAGGUUACGAGACGAGCGAGGGUUCAUCCACGACAUGUGUCGGUUGUGGAAGCGCAUGGGACGGGCACGCAGGCGGGUGAUCCGGCGGAAUAUGCCAGUGUUAGUGAGGUAAUGGCUGCAAGUGUGAGGAGGAAGGGGAAGCUGUCGCUGGGAUCGGUGAAGGGCUUGGUAGGGCAUACAGAGGGUGUGUCGGGGAUGGUGGCGCUGGUGAAGGUGCUGCUGAUGAUCCAUGAGGAGAGAAUUCCCCCGCAGCCUGGGUUUGAUAGCUUGAAUCCGAAUAUCAAGGCUGAUGAGAUGAUUGAGAUUCCGAAGGAGGUGAAGCAGUGGGAGGAGGGGUAUCGCGUUGCGUUGAUUAAUAACUAUGGGGCUUGUGGGUCGAAUGCCUCCGUUGUGGUAACGCAGGCUCCUGUGUCUCGGAAGCAGGAUGGUACUGUUCAUCGAGAUGGGCUCUCAUUGCCGUUCAGGUUGUGUGGGUUGGAUGAGAUUAGGAUCCGCAAUUAUGCGCGACGACUGCGGCAUUUUCUGCAGCGAAAGGCACUGUCCUCAAAACAUGCUUCCUCCCUGGCUAACAUCUCCUUCAGCGCCUGUCGACAGUCAAAUCCGACGUUGGACUGCCAGCUUGUCUUCAGCUGCUCCUCGAUACACGACCUAGAUGCAAAACUAGCAUCUGUAGCCGACGGGCAGGACACACAGUUCAUCCGGCCGAAGAAGCAUGUAUCUCCCAUCGUGCUCUGCUUCGGAGGCCAAGUGUCCACCUUCGUGGGCCUAGACCGCACCGUUUACGACACCAUGUGCGUGUUUCGCGACCAUCUGGACGAAUGCGACCGUCUGCUUCGACUAUCCGACUAUCCCAGCCUCUAUCCUGGUAUCUUCGAGCGCACCCCGAUAACAGACCACGUCGAGCUGCAAACACAGCUCUUCUCACUGCAAUACGCGUGCGCGCGCUGUUGGACGGACAGCGGUGUCCCUGUUUCCGCUGUUGUCGGCCACAGCUUCGGUGAGCUCACAGCCAUGUGCGUUUCUGGAGUAUUAUCUCUCGCAGAUGCAUUGACCUUAGUCGCCCGCCGCGCUCGUCUUAUCCGAGAUAACUGGGGCAUCGAUCCCGGCGGGAUGAUCGCGGUGGAAGGCGACCGGGUGGAUAUCGACGGUCUCCUAAGCGAGUCUGCGAAGGCAACACCCAUCGGCGUAGACCUUGUAGGCAUUGCUUGCUUCAAUGGCCCCCGUAGCUUCACUCUCGCUGGCCCCAUAGUAGCUAUAAGCGUAGUCCAGCAGACUCUCACGACGCACCACACGUUCUCACGUCUCCGGUGGAAGCGACUAGAUGUUACCAAUGCCUUUCACAGUAGCUUGGUAGAGCCGCUGAUGUCUGACCUGCACGACAUAACGCAGGACCUGACACUCAGCGAGCCGAGCAUCCACCUAGAACGCGCGAAGGAGCAUGCAGUAUCCGGUCUGCCACCUAAAAGUAUAGUAGCCGAUCACCUACGCCAGCCUGUGUAUUUCAGCCACGCUGUUCGGCGUCUGGCUGCAAAAUACCCCUCUUGUGUCUGGCUAGAAGGGGGCUCCGGAUCAACCAUCACGCUGAUGAUUAGUCGCGCUUUAGAGGCAUCCAGCGUGAAUCAUAGAUUCCAAGCUGUCAACAUCACCGGGCAGAACGGUGUCCGCGACUUGACGGACGCCACGAUAGGCCUUUGGAAGGAGGGCGUGCCCACGACGUACUGGGCGCACCACUUCACCCAAGCCCCAGAUUACGGCAUUGUAUUACUGCCGCCGUAUCAGUUCGAGAAGAGUCGACAUUGGAUGGAUAAUAAGCCAUUGCCGGCAGUCAACCAUCAACAGAUCAAUCCUCAAAGUGACCAGACACUGGAGUUUCUUGGCUAUCAAGACAAACAUCAGCUGAUCGCCAAGUUUCGCGUCAAUACCACCCACUGCAAGUACAAAGAAGCAUUAUCUGGUCAUGUAGGUGCGCAGACGGCUCCUCUUGCUCCAGCGUCGCAUAUGCUGGACAACGUUGUAGAGGCACUGCGGAGCCUGCCAGAAGGACGAGGAAAGAUUCCACAAGUGCGGAAUGUAACAAGUGAUGCACCACUUGGGCUUGACAGCCGAGAUGUCUACAUCCUACUGCAUGCGCAAAAUAAGGAGAAGACCAUCUGGAACAUGAAAUAUACCAGCGAAGAUAGCCGGAAAGGUGCUCGCUCUCAAAUGGAGCAUUGCGUCGCCCAGAUUAGAAUGUUUGACCCCGACGACGUGGAACUUUCUGCCGAGUUUGCUCGUUACGGUCGCCUGAUAAAUCAUCGACGUUGUCGGGAACUCCUCCACGAUGCCAACUUAGAUGACGUGCUGCAAGGCCGCAAUAUCUACCGUUACUUCUCCGAAGUGGUUGACUAUUCUGAGACAUAUCGCGGGGUGACAAAGCUUGUAGGCAAAGGGAACGAAUCGGCCGGGCGCGUAGUCAAAAAAUAUUUAGCCGAGACUUGGGCCGAUACCUUCCUCUGCGACUCCUUUAGCCAGGUUGGCGGGUUCUGGGUGAAUUGCAUGACGGACCGGUCGCCAUCGGACAUCUAUAUCGCCAGUGGUAUGGAGCAGUGGAUGCGCACGCCGAUGUACGCGGACCCGGAGACACCGCGACCGGAAACAUGGGAUGUUUUAGCGACACACGAGCGAUCGGAUGGUUUUUAUACCAGCGAUAUCUUCGUUUUCGAGCCGAACAGUGGUCAAUUGGUGGAGAUCUUUAUUGGCAUGAAAUACUCGCGUGUGCCCAAGGCGAUGUUCUGCAAGAUCCUUGCCAGGUUGAACUUGGGCGAUGCUCAGGUCAACCCCGUUAGACCUGUGACGACCUCAGCAUUUGCUUCUGAUGAGAAGAAUCGAGAACCACCGGCAGAUAGAGAAACGAAACACAAGACAGCAGACCUGCCCGUACGCAUCAAAUCGGUGGUGGCUAACUUUUGCGCCGUAGACCCUAGUGAGAUUCGCGAUGAUAAUAACAUAGCAGAUGCGGGCGUGGAUUCUUUGAUGGCGAUGGAAUUGGCGCGAGAGUUAGAAGAAGCCUUCAAAUGUACCCUGCCAGCCACGGCCUUGAUGGAGGCAGAGACAUUCCGCGAGCUUGUCGUUGCAGUGCAGAAAGCGAUGGGAUUGGACAUCAACACCCAAGAGAGCAUUGAUAGUAACACUACAUCCGACAAUGGUGAUCAAGAUACCGAGUCGGUCGAUGUGUCUUCUGAAACAAACACCAGCGCCAGCACAGACACCCCAGAACUUCAUUUACCUGAAGACAUUGUCCUAAAGGCUUUUGGUGAAACCAAAGCCUUGACCGAUCAGUUCCUGUCGGAGAAUCACUGCAGUGGGCGCGUCCACAGCUUCAACCCUCUCCAAAUGCAGCUCUGCGUCACCCUCACGCUAGAGGCGUUCGAGGCUCUAGGCUCGUACAUCCGCAUUGCGCAGCCAGGAGCACGCCUGGAUCGCAUCCCCCAUGACCCCCAGCAUCAGGAGUUGGUCGACUACUUAUACCGACGGCUAGAAGAAGCCGGCCUUGUGGACAUGGAAGAGACGGUCGCGAUCCGCACAGGAGUCGCAUGGACUGACAAGUCCAGUGCCACCAUUUUGGAAGAUAUUAAUCGUAGCUAUCCUGAAUUCGCAGGUGCUAGCAAGCUUGCCUUUUACACAGGGAGCAAGCUGGCUUCUGUCCUGCGCGGUGACCAGGACGGCCUUCAGCUAAUCUUCGGAACCAAAGAGGGACAAGAACUCGUUUCCUGGAUGUACGGCGAUGAGUCUCACAAUGUUACCGGGUACAAGCAAAUGUUGUAUUAUAUCCAGCGUCUCGCGAGUCUACUUGACAAAAGGCCAGGAGGACCACUGAGAAUCCUUGAGAUGGGUGCCGGAACUGGAGGUGGUACCAAGUGGCUGCUUCCAGGUCUCGCUAAACUUGGAAUUGCUGUUGAGUAUACGUUUAGCGAUAUUUCGCCUGCUUUCCUGGCUCAAGGUCGUCGGCGGUUCAAAGACUACUCAUUUGUAAGAUAUAGAGUGCACGAUAUAGAGAAGACGCCAGCAGAUGAUCUCCUUGGGACCCAGCAUAUCAUUAUCGCGAGCAAUGCUGUGCAUGCGACAUCAAACCUGCAAGUCUCCACUAGUCAUAUGCGAGAAGCAUUACGGCCAGAUGGAGUGGUCAUGAUGCUCGAGAUGACCCGGCCGCAAUUUGCCAUUGACAUAGUAUUCGGACUUUUUCACGGCUGGUGGGUGUUUAAUGACGGUCGCACUCAUGCCAUUACCAGUGAGCGACGCUGGGAGACAGACUUGCAUGCCGUUGGGUAUGGUCAUGUCGACUGGACAGAUGGCUAUUCACCAGAAGUGAGCGUUCAACGCGUCAUUCUCGCAACAUGCACGGGAAAUCAAAACCCACGUCUGCCUCUGGGCCCGAGACCAAAGAGCAUAGACAUUUUCACGGGAAUUGACUCUGCAGCUCGUAAACAAACUACUGAUAGAUACAUUUCGCGCGCUAUUGAAGGUUUCACGGUUCCUGUGCCUGGUGCAGGGACUAUUUCAGGCUCUGUAGGGGUGCUGGUCACUGGAGCCACUGGCAGCCUGGGUAGUCAUCUCGUGGCACACCUGGCUCGGACGAAGGAAGUUGAACGCGUUUACUGCAUCAACAGAGGGGGUGCGGAGCAACCAAUGCAGCGGCAAAGACGAGCACUGGCCGAUCGCGGCAUAACUUUGACUGCGGACGAGUGGGACAAAGUGAGAGUUCUUGCCAUGCAAGACGAAGGGCCACUCCUAGGACUUCCAACUGAGCAGUAUGAUACAUUGAAGAGAGCUAUAACGCAUAUUAUCCACAACGCUUGGCCCAUGAGUGGAGCAAAGAGCGUAGCGGCCUUCGAAUCGCAGUUUCGGAUGAUGAGAAGCUUGGUUGAUUUAGCUUCCGAGAUAUCGUCUCUUCGUUCGCCUGACGAUCGUAUUGGGUUCCAAUUUAUAUCAUCAAUUGGCACAGUCGGCCAUCGGCCGCUAUUGACUGGCGAGGCAACUGUUUUAGAAGGCCACGGCACGAUCGACUGGGCCUUGACUAAUGGCUACGCGGAAGCCAAGUUUGUCUGCGAGCAAAUUCUCCAUAGGACCUUGUGUCAACACCCUCACCGAUUCAACGCAAUGGUAGUAAGGCCCGGACAAAUAGCAGGAGCGUCGACAAGUGGGUACUGGAAUGCUGCAGAGCACUUUCCGGCUCUCCUUAAAUCCGCCCAAACAUUGAAGAUCCUCCCCUCAUUGGAUGGGGUGCUAUCCUGGACACCGGUGAAUGCCGUUGCAGCCACCCUAUCGGACCUUCUCUUUACAAAAGAUCCACACUCAAUAUAUCAUAUUGACAAUGCGGCCCGUCAGUCGUGGUCUGAUAUGGUAAGGCUCCUCGCGCAGGAGUUGAACAUUCCACCGGACAACAUUAUUCCAUUUCCCGAAUGGAUCCAACGAGUCAAAGAAUUCCCCGGAACGCGAGAAGACAAUCCUGCCACUGUGAUGACAGAUUGGCUGCGUGAUAAUUUUGAGCGCAUGUCGUGCGGGGGACUGUUGCUGGACACUUCGCGUGCACGCGAAAGGUCGCCUUCGCUACGGGCACUGGGCCCUGUGAGCGAGGAGGUGAAACUUGCGUUCUUGACGGACGGUUUGCACAUCGCGUUGUUGCUGUGA